AUGAGAGCACCUCUCCUCCAUACCUGUGCAGCUUUUGCAAUGUCUUUGCUACCAUUUGUUUCAGCCGCUGAACCUCGCACAGCAGAUGCUAAACAAGUGAUACUUGGUGACUUCGAUGCAAUUUACAACCUCACACAACAAGCCAUGGACUUCCAGAAGUAUGGCUACGAUCGCUUUCGCGCCAAUGGGGACUGCGUCAAAACGCUCAUUGAUUUGGGAAAGAAGGUCGUCCAGAUCAACAAGGCCAAACCCCCAGUCGCGCCCCUCAAUGACAAUGACCAGAAAGAAGUCUGCGAUACCUUCAGUGGCCGGCGAUACUCCAUUCACCAGGGCAGGUUGAUGAGCACCCUCCAAGAGGGGAUAUUCCAGGGGACAAAAUCCAGCUUUGCCGGCUAUUAUGGCGCUCUGGUUCGAAAGUUUAUUCCAAUAUUCUCGGAGUUUGAGGAUUGGGUCAUUAAGACUAUUCCCAAUUACAAGGUCAGAGCUUUGACUGAUAAAGACGUUCUUCUUGCUUUUCGGAAGGACGCCGCGGCCACUAUUGAACAGAGUCGAGGCUACAACAAGGCGCAAGGAGACCAAAUUCCCGAUUUUGGAUGA